UGAUAUUUAAUCUUUUAUUAAGAGACUAAAAAGAGUUUCUUAUUAGCUUAUUAUUUCUACAAUAAUAAUUUUCUUUUUUUUUUUCAAAUGUUAGUUAUAAAAAGUUGGGUUUUGAAAAAUCGAUUAUAUUUUUACUUUGAAAAGUCAUAUGCCAAAAAAAAAUAAAAAGAGAAAACCAUAGUUUUGUAACAAAGUUUUUAUAGUUCAGUUCUUAGUUAUAGUUCAAUUUUUAUAUUUCAAUUUGUUCUUUAAUAAUAAAUUGGUUGUUUAUCAAAUGCUUAGAACUUACAUAAACAGGAACAAAGAUAAUUGCAGUUACAAUAAUAGAAUUUGAAACAAAACAAUAUUUAUAGCAGCAACAACAACGAUAAUAAUUAACAAAAGUUUAUAAAAAAAUAUUCGAAAGCAGAAUACAGAAUCUUACAUAAUAUAACAUAACUAUAACAUUAUCAAAAUAGUAAGGCUACAUAUAUUUUCGAGAGGACUUUAAAAUGUCUUCAAUUUCAGCUCAAGGUGUAGUAGAACGAGCUUCGGCGGAGUUGUCUAAACGAAUAAAUGGUUUAGGUUUACGCAAACAUCAUCAUGGGGGUAAAACAUCUGUAAUGGAACGUGUUACAAAUGCUCUUUGUGGCAGUAGUGCAAGCGCUAACAAUAAUAGCAAUCAAUUUAGUGAAGGCCAAUUAAGCGCAAAUUCUGAAAAGCAUCAGCGUGUACCUGUCAGUUCAGCGCAACAAAAUAGUCAAAAGCAUUCUACAACGAUAUCAUUACAAACAUCCCAUUGUUCUGUAGGACCGACGCAACCUGUAAACUCUGGAGUUUUGCAAAGUAAUAUUCACGAACCCAAUACGGUAAUGUUGGAUUCAAUUAGUCAAAAUAAAAAUGCUUCUAGUACAAAUGUAUUAAUUAUCAAUAAGAGUAUAAGUUCUGCAACAAAAAUGAAGAAAGGUUAUCCUUUAGUAAUUCAAAGCAAUACUCUGUCAAAUCAGCAUCAGAUUUUACAAGCACAACCACAAAUUACAACUUUUGAACAACUGCUUUUAGAUGAAAGAUUCCUCAAUAAAUUUUUUCAAUAUUUUGUUUCCUAUGACUGCCGUAUUUUGGCUCAAGUUUGCACAAAAUGGAGGGAUACACUUUAUAGAAGUCCCAGAUAUUGGUCUGGACUGUUACCUAUCUUACAAUGCAGAGAAUUGAAACAAAUGAAUGGACAAGAUCGUGUAAAAUUAUAUAGUUCACUGAUACGUCGCGGUUUUCAUUCGAUAGGUCUUGUAGGAGCUUUUGACGAAGAUGUUCUCGAUAUCGCACAUUCAUUUCCUUUGGCGUCCAAACAAAUUCAUUCCUUAAGUUUAAGAUGUUCAUCAGUCAGCGAUCGUGGUUUGGAAACUUUGCUAGAUCACUUGCAAUCGCUAUUUGAAUUAGAAUUGGCUGGGUGUAAUGAAAUUACUGAAGCUGGACUAUGGGCCUGUUUGACACCCCGAAUAGUUUCACUUUCUUUGGCAGAUUGUAUUAAUAUAGCUGACGAAGCGGUUGGGGCUGUGGCUCAACUACUUCCAUCCCUUUACGAGUUUUCAUUACAGGCUUAUCAUGUCACAGACGCUGCACUUGGGUAUUUUUCUCCAAAGCAAAGCCAUAGUCUUAGUAUUUUACGUUUGCAAUCAUGUUGGGAACUAACAAACCAUGGCGUUGUUAAUAUAGUACAUUCUUUACCACACUUAACGGUUCUAAGUUUAUCAGGAUGCAGUAAAAUUACUGAUGAUGGAGUGGAAUUGAUAGCAGAAAAUUUACAAAAAUUGAGAGCAUUAGAUCUGUCGUGGUGUCCCCGAAUAACUGAUGCUUCACUGGAGUAUAUAGCUUGUGACUUAAAUCAGUUAGAAGAACUUACAUUGGAUAGGUGUGUACACAUUACUGAUAUCGGCGUGGGAUAUAUAUCUACGAUGUUAUCUUUGACUACUUUAUUUUUACGGUGGUGUUCCCAAGUUCGAGAUUUUGGCCUCCAGCACUUAUGUUCGAUGCGAAACCUCCAAAUUCUUUCAUUAGCGGGCUGUCCAUUGUUAACAUCAUCUGGGCUAUCAAGCUUAAUCCAGUUACGUCAUUUGCAAGAACUGGAGUUAACAAACUGUCCUGGAGCAUCUUUAGAGCUUUUUGAAUAUUUAAAGGAACAUUUACCUAGAUGCUUAAUAAUAGAAUAAUAUAAAGUUAAUUUGGCUGUAAUACAUUUAAUAAUAUAUAUAAUUAAUUCCGUGGAAAUUUUUAGCAUCUAACUUGUUUCGAUUGUAACUUGUGAAAUACAUGUCUUUGAAAGAAAAUUAUGUAAUGCGAUAAGUCACAGAAGUGAAUAUAACUAAAAAUAAGAAAACAGCAAAUUUGUUGGAUAGAUAUUUUAAAGUAUUAAAAAAACAAAAGAAGCAUAAAUAAUGUUUCAAAAAUAAAUUUAAAAAUCAAUGAU